AUGGCUGCUCCUCCCUCACCUCCGUCACCCUCCCCGCCGGCCUCCCUCGCCUCCGUCACCUUCCCUGCCGGCCUCACCUCCAUCGGCGACGGCGCCUUCGACCGCUGCUCCGCCCUGUCCCGCGUCACUUUCCCCGCUGGCCUCACCUCCAUCGGCAGCGGCGCCUUCGCCCGCUGCUCCUCCCUCUCCUCCGUCACCUUCCCCGCCGGCCUCACCUCCAUCGGCAACCACGCCUUCCUCGGCUGCUCCGCCCUCGCCUCCGUCACCUUCCCCGCCGGCCUCACCUCCAUCGGCAGCAGCGCCUUCUAUGGCUGCUCCGCCCUCACCCGCGUCACCUUCCCCGCCGGCCUCGUCUCCAUCCGCAGCUACGCCUUCGCCCGCUGCUCCUCCCUCUCCUCCGUCACCUUCCCCGCCGGCCUCACCUCCAUCGGCGACGGCGCCUUCGACCGCUGCUCCUCCCUCGCCUCCGUCACCUUCCCUGCCGGCCUCACCUCCAUCGGCGACGGCGCCUUCGACCGCUGCUCCGCCCUGUCCCGCGUCACUUUCCCCGCUGGCCUCACCUCCAUCGGCAGCGGCGCCUUCGCCCGCUGCUCCUCCCUGACCCGCGUCACCGUGCCAGACACUGCCACCAUCCCCACCUUCUUCCCUCCCGCCACCACCGUUCUCCGCCUCCCUCCCAAGAGGAUGCGCGACCUGCAGCGCUGGUACGAGGCGGUGGACGGGGCUCUGGCCUACAAGCGCUGCCGCCCCCUCCUCUACAGCUGGCUAGAGCGGGCCCAGACCAGGCUCGGCUCUUACGGCCCAGACGGCGCGGCGCGCCAGCGCGACCUCGAGGAGUUCGAGGGCGAUUUUGGGCUGCUUCGUGUAGAGUGA